UACAAAAGGACAGAGUUACUUGUUAGUGAACUUUGCUUUGUUUCUCCACCAGGGCGCUGAAAUUCGCAAUAUAAAACGAGGAGCUGUGACAGGCAUUUCGCAGUUUGGUGUUGGAAUUCGGAUAGGAAGGAAAUAAGACAUUCUGAUAAAAAGAAGGUUUAUUCUUCAGCAAGGAGACGCAGUAAUUGAUCUCAGUCAUGUUCAGUAUGAAACUGGUUGCGGUGGCUUUUUUCCUGAUGGCAGCCGUGAGGGCCUCUGAAGAAGAGGACUUGCUGGGUGUGCCAGAGGAGAAGGACGCGAGUCGUGAGGUCUUCAAGCGAGCCACUCCACCAGCAGCAGAUUACAGAUACAACAAUGGUUACUACAAUGGUGUCUAUGACUACUACAACAAUCCCUUGGGAUAUAAACCUGGUUACUACAACCCCGCCAACUACAACUCAGGUUACUAUAACCCUGGAUACUACAACACCAACAGAUAUUACAACAGGAGAAGUUAUCCUAAUAAUUAUGAAGGAUCUCCAUAUGGUCCGUACAACCCUGGAUAUUAUUCGGGAUAUUAUAACAGUACUAGAUAUCCGUAUGGAAAUUAUAAUGGAUAUCGUGCAAACUACCCCAACCCUUAUCUGAAUUAUCCCGGUUACCAAGGUUACAAUCCUUACAACCCCGCUUACAACCCUGCUUAUGACAGGUUCAACGAUCAAGGAUAUUACCAAGGCAGAUACUACAAUAAUCCGUCUGUUUACAACCGAGCUAACGACGCUGAGAAAAACAAGAAUCAGUAAAUGAAAUAUCUUUGUGAUUUGCUGUCAGAUUAAUGUGAAAUGGUGUCAAAUUAAUAUGGAAGACAGAUACAAUACAGAGGUAGUCAUGGACGUACUGAUUCAUAGGUUAGGUUGGUAUCAAUGUUAAGGUUAGAAUAAAAUUUUUUCAAAGAUUCCUACGACAUUUUAAGUUCCUCAGAAUGUAGCUGUUUGUGGGGAACUCUUAAAACUAACUGGAAUAUUCGUGGGAGGCGCAGUCCUGGUGGGGAGCCAUACAUUUUACUAACAAACUUACUUUUAAGUCAUUUAAAACUGUUUUUACUGACCGCCGAAUAGUAUUCAGAACAAGGGAACAUGCUUUUAGAAAUCUUUUUUUUUUGUAUAGUCUUUUCUUUCACUUAUGAUUUUUUUUUCGAAAAUCCAAAGCACAACAGUUGCCUCGCUGGUCCCCCACUCUCAUGUGUCCAUGGGAAUACCUGAUUUAAUGGCGAAUUUUAAGUAUCAUACCAAAAUUUAUGUCAAGGAAAUAUGUAAGUUGAUCUUAUGCAUUUUAAUGACAUCAUUUCAUAGUAAUUAUGACUUGUUACCUACCAGCUGUCUAAUUAUUGUUGGUAUAAAGCGGACAGAACAAUGCCAUUAUGUUUGUAUCGAUAAAGUUGUAAAAAUAAAACAUAUUCUUAAAAGCGCGUUUCUCAAACAGAAAUUUCCGGCUUCCGAAAAGUUUGAUGGGCAAUGCAAAAUAAGAACUAGAAAUAGACGCUGGUAUUCAGGAGUCUCUGAACCAUGCAGUUCUUUCCCUUCUGUUCUGUUUGAUCCGACUAAAUGCAGUCGGCUUUCUCUUUGAGAAAUGCUAAGAAGAUUUUCAAAUGA